UUAUCUAGCUAUUUGUGUUAGCAAGGCGGGGACGUUUAUUUAACCCUUUAUAACGAUAAAUAAAUCCGCUUGUCCACUGCCUGAAAAAACCAAGUGUCAGACCUUAUAAAUGCUGUUCUAAUAUGUGAUAUUCGUCAAAAAACCAAUCAUCGCUCACAGAUUAAAAUAUUUGCAAAAGGAGAAGUUAAAAAGAUUUAAACAUGUCGCUUUGGGCUAGGGCACAGCAGUUACCGCCUGAGAGCUUGCAAAAGGUGCGUGCUAUCUACGGGGAUCACUUCCCCAUCGAGGUGCGCCAUUGUCUCGCGACAUGGAUAGAGAGCCGUAUUUGGACCCCAGAACCGGAGGAGCAGCAGAGGUUCUUCGUCGAGGAGCUGGUGCAGGAGAUCCACACGCACACGGAGCUGAUGCUCUCGCCGGAGAUGUUCGUGACGAAGAUGAAGCUGAUUGAAGCGGCUAAGAUAUUCAGGAUGCAGUACGGGCACGCGCCCCACGAGCUGUACACGUACAUGCGGCGCUGCCUCGCGAUGGAGAUGGACGUGAUACAGAACGCUAUGGGGCCGUACGUGGCGCAGCCGCAGACCGAGCGCAAGUACAGCGAGCUGAUAACCGGCCUGCAGAACGUCCGCCAGAAGGUGAACAUGGCCAGCGAGGAGAUACGCAGCCUGCAGGCGAACAUCGAGUCCUUCUCGCUGCAGUACCACGAGUGCUUGAAGAACAAAGGGCAUAUCAACUACUUGCAACAGUCCGGGCCGAUGACCAACGAGCGACGCGAACUGGAGGCCUGCCUCAGGGUUCAGAUAGAGGAAAUGGAGAGGAAAUUGAAUGCGUUGGUGGCACAAAUAAACCAGUCCCAGAUGGAGCUGGUGGACCACAUGAAGGAGAACAUCGCCAAUCUCCGCCAGCUGCAGAGCCAAGUGCUGGACGAAGAGUUGAUUAAGUGGAAACGCGAACAGCAGCUGAGCGGGAACGGUGUGCCGAUGCAGUCGAACCUGAACACGAUACAGGAGUGGUGCGAGCUGCUGGCCGACCUCAUCUGGAGCACGCGGCAGCAGGUGAACAACGUGGCGCGGAUCAACAGCAAGACCAUCGUCGAGCUGCGGCAGCCGCACCUCGUGGAGAUGCUGGACGAGAUGAGCAAGCAGGUCACCAGUCUGCUGUCGACAUUGGUGACGUCGACGUUCGUCAUAGAGAAGCAGCCGCCUCAAGUUAUGAAAACGAAUACACGUUUCACGGCAACCGUCCGCCUGCUGGUCGGAGGUCAACUGAACGUGCAUAUGACACCGCCGAGGGUUACCGUUGUCAUAAUAUCGGAGCAACAAGCCCAGCUGCUGCUGAAGAGCGACUCGCAGAGCGGGCGCGGCAAGCAGCCGGUGGAGUGCGGCGAUAUACUGAAUAACAGCGGCUGCAUGGAGUACCAGCCGACCAGCCGCCAGCUGAGCGUCAGCUUCAGGAACAUGCAAUUGCGCAAGAUAAAGCGCGCCGAGAAGAAAGGCACCGAGAGCGUCAUGGACGAGAAGCUCACAUUACUCUUCCAGUCCGAGUUCAACGUGGGCGGCGGCGAGCUGGUGUUCCAGGUGUGGACGCUGUCCCUGCCGGUGGUGGUGAUCGUGCACGGCAACCAGGAGCCGCACGGCUGGGCGACGGUCACGUGGGACAACGCCUUCAGCCCCCCGGGACGGAUACCGUUCGCGGUGCCCGACAAGGUCACAUGGGGCCAGCUCGCAGAAACUCUGCGCAUCAAAUUCUGCUCGGCCACCGGCGGCGACCUCUCCGAGGACAACCUGCGUUUCCUCGCCGAGAAGAUAUUUAGUAUCACCACCAGGUCGAGCCUGCCCCUGAGCGCGCUGGAACUGAACGCGACCACGGUGAGCUGGACGCAGUUCUGCAAGGACGCGCUGCCCGAGAGGAACUUCACCUUCUGGGAGUGGUUCUACAUGGUGGUGAAGGUCACCAGGGACUACCUGCGUACGCUGUGGUGCGAUCGCCUCAUCAUGGGCUUCAUACAGAAGAAGCAAGCGGAGGAGAUGCUGGCCAAAUGCCCCCCCGGAACGUUCCUGCUGCGCUUCUCCGACUCCGAGCUCGGUGGGAUCACUAUCGCGUGGGUUGGAGAGGGCAACGAGGUGUUCAGCCUGCAGCCGUUCACCUCCAGGGACCUGAUGCUGCGCUCGCUGGCCGACAGGAUCCUGGACCUCGCGCAGCUGCAGUUCCUCUACCCGAAUGUCGCGAAGGAUGACGUCUUCUCGAAGUACUAUACGAAGCCUGAAAACGAGAUGCUCAAGAACGGCUACGUGAAGCCGGUGCUGGUGACGACGCUGCCGCCCUACAUGUCGCCGUCGCCCGCGUACGCGCACUCGCCGGACUCGCACCGCAACACGCCCAGCGUGCACACGAGCUGUGGAACGACCAUACUUCAACUGUAAGGAGUUUACGGAGACCUGUCAAUUUUAUCGCAUUUUAUAUUAUAUGAUAUACAAUUUUCCAUAGUGUUAUUUUAUACAAAAUCUUUUUGUAAUUCUCAAACGUUUUCUGACUGAUCUUUAUUAAUAUGCCAUUAUUUAUCCUUAGAUUUCAUUAAGACAUUGAACAUGAGUUUGAUCAGACAUUUGAUCUAAGAUGGCAUUUAAAAUUUAACCUAUCGAUUUUAAUAAGCGAUUGUUAAAUGAAUAAUCGAUAAAAUUCCAUGUUACUUGCAUUGUAUUAGCGUUAAUAAGUGUUUUCGAUGUUGAAUGUUACUUAGAUAGGGAUACAAUUUUUGUAGUUACUAUAAAUGUAUCGAAAUACUGUUGUGUGUUGAUUUCAUGUUAUUGGUAAGAUAUUUAGGUACAUCGCAAAGUUGUUUAAAAACUCUUUAUUUAGUGUGUGGUUGUUGGUAUUAUUAACAGUAUAAGUUAUAUGAAGCAAAGGACCCUAUAUAGAUCCUUGAGGUACACCUGAAGUAAUGUACCGAAAAAUUAUGUGUUUUUCAGUAUUGUUUUACUUCUCACUUGAAGUGUAAUAUUUUAGGCUGCUUAUUGGUAUAUAAGUGUCGUAAAAUAAAAAUUUUAAUGGUUUUGUCGUCAAAAUAUUGAAAUUCCUAUAUGGUGUACCUUAUGUAAAGCUUUGAAUGGUACCAAAAGGAAAUCUCUAACUUGUUACUACUGAUUUUAAAAAUAACUGCAAUUAUUUUUCAGUAUUAAACGUACUUUAAUUAUAAAUUUUCG